GCACCAAGCUAAGAACAGUAGUAUACCUGAUCAUAUGAUGCAGCAGCCAGCCUCGCUCUAUUCAUAUCCCAUAAUACGGGUUCCGGCACGACAGGCCACGUACUGAUGGAUCUCGCUGAUAAACGCCGCUAUUCAGGGUACAUUAGGUUCAAGUCGUUGUUCCCAUCCUCAUAUAGGCAGAAGGCGCCGGCUCGGAGGUUAACAACGUCACUCUCUUCACUCUCUUCUCUCAACCUCCAACAGCACCAUGUCUAUCAAGUAUGUGUGUUUCAGUAGCUACUGGCUGAAUAUUCUCUCUCGAGUUCCUAACGUUCGUAUGUUACUGUCUGACAGUCCACCAUGCAUACUCCGUCCAACGUUCGAUGAGGGCAAUCCGAUUCCCCCGCUACCUGAUAUCACGACAGAGAGUAUUCUGACGCAAGUUUUCACGCAUCGUUCGUAUUUUGGACGCCCAAAUCAUGUCUUCGAGGACCACCAUCUGGAUCCAAGUCCAGAUAAUGAAAAGUACGAGCAUCUUGGGGACACCGUGUUAGGUUUGGUCGUGACCAAUCUCCUGCUGGAGAUGUACCCCAACUUGCGCGUUGGACCGUCUACGAAAAUCAGAGCCUUGGUGGUAGGAAACUCAACGCUUGCUGACAUCUCGCGCAUGUACGAGCUUCCGUCAAGACUGCGCCUGCACGCUGCUCAGGCAAUUACUUUGCGCGCUUCCGUCAAUAUCCAGGCUGACGUCUUCGAAUCCUACGUGGGCGGGCUCUAUCUCGAACAGGAUCUCGCGGGCGUGGAGCCAUGGCUCAAAGCCUUGUUUGGGCCCUAUGUCACUGAGGCUUACAAACGUGUGCGCGAACAACAUCGUCUCCCGCCCCUUGAACCGGCUGCGCUUGUCGCACCUGACACAGUUCUAGCCUCACCCCCGCCCUCGCCUCCCCAGCACCGGUCCAGCGUCAACCCCACGACCAUAGGCCACCUCGCGUUGUUCAAUCAGCAGCUGCAGAAGGCUAAUAGAGUGGUUGAGUGGAUCUACGCCGACGGUACUGGCGAAGGAACCAAGACAACCCCAAUCUGGAUUGUGACAUGUGAAGUAGACGGUGAGGUUUAUGGUCACGGACAAGGUGGGACAAAGAAAGCGGCCCGGAACGAGGCCGCCAAGGAGGGUCUCAAGAAGAUGGGCAUCGAAGUCUAAUAGCUGAGGCGGGUGAGUGCUUUUGCUGUUGGGCUGUUUGGUCAAGAGCUGGGUCUAAUUUAAUUGGUCCAUACAACAGGCUUUCAGCACCAUCUCUCCAGACUUGCGCUGGCUGGAGAUCUAUUCUCCUAUUGGUCGCAUCCUCGGCCUGCGCUAGUGUGUAGAGGUUGUGCGUGAGAUGUUGCGUCAACAUGAACGUCAUUUGCUGUUUCACUGUUUUGAUUUCUGAAUUUCUUGAGUUUGGCUUCUUGUAUUCGUCCAGUUUGAAAGGCGCUAGAUUGAACGAGAGUGUUCAUACAUGUAUGUGCUAAAUGGUCUACUGUUAGAUGCAUAUUAUAUCCUUGUACUAUGCUGUGGAAAUACUUCAUCAAUGUUGUCGUACUUCCGAUUUUCUGAAAGCGAGUUACCUGGGGCAUUAUCUGGAAGGGAAA